AUGUCGUCUAACAUCAUUGACAAGAUUAUGAAUCUUGAGGUGCCCGAACAGGGAAAUACCUCACUUAAUAUAAUUUUCGGAGUAAUAAAUAUAUUCUUUUUUGGAAUAGGAAUGAUAAUAUUAGGAGUAAUAAAUAAAGACAUCGAUGAUAUAGUUAUUGGCAUUUUGCAACUACUUAUCCCCCUCAUUGGAUGGAUAUGGGCCGUUUUCUGGGGAAUUUUGAUAGUUAUCAAAAACUCGAAGUGA